AACCAACGAGCGCGGCGGCCGAAAGCGACGAGCACAGCCGCACCCCGCAAACACGCCCGAAUCCGAAAGCCACCGCGCGCACCAUUCGCUCGGCCGCCGUCGCUUUCGCCGUCCCAGCUCGUGCGCUCCCACCACACCCGGCUUCCCAUACAGCCUCGCCACGCGGCUCGCAACAGCGUCCGAUUUCCCUCAAAUCUUUACCCUCCUCUCCCCCUCCUCUCCCUUCCGCUGCUUCGCUUGCUCGCCCGCCCACCUGCUCCUGCCCGAGGGUUUCAGGUUUCUUGUUGCCUGGCGCUUUGUCCGCUUCCCGGGCCGCGUCGGAGCCCGCCGCUUUUAGGUGCGACUGCCGCAUCUUUUCCAGCCGGGAUCGCAUCUUUGGCCUGCGGGAUCCGAUGAGAUGCGGGGGCGGUCUCGCAAUCCGAGCUCGUAGCAGGAGGCAUGGCUGAAGUGGCGGCCUCUUCGUCCGGAUCCUUCGGCCCCAGCCGCCUCCAUGGCGCCGCCGUCAUCAGGGACUCGCUCCCGUACGGCAGCCUCGCCGCGCCUGCGCCACCGCCGCCGACGCCGGUGCAGGGUGCGCGUAGGGGAGGAGGAGGGAAGAUUAGCCCCGCGGUUCUGUUCAUCAUCGUGAUUCUAGCUGUGGUGUUCUUCAUCUCUGGCCUGCUCCACCUCCUGGUGCGUCUGCUCAUGAAGAAGCGGCACCGCCGCGGCAGAGGUGGUCCUGCAGCGGCGGCGGCGGCGCGGGGAGCUGGGGAGGCGGGGGCGGACGCGGCGCUACAGCGGCAGCUGCAGCAGCUGUUCCACCUCCACGACUCCGGGCUGGACCAGGCGUUCAUCGACGCGUUACCCGUGUUCGCGUACCGGGAGAUCGUCGCGGGCGGCUGCGGCGACGGGGACAAGGAGCCGUUCGACUGCGCGGUGUGCCUGUGCGAGUUCGACGCGGAGGACAGGCUCCGGCUGUUGCCGCUGUGCGGGCACGCCUUCCACCUCAAUUGCAUUGACACGUGGCUGCUCUCCAACUCGACGUGCCCGCUCUGCCGCGGGGUGCUCUUCGUCCCGGGGCUCAUGACCGAGGACAAUCCGAUGUUCGAUUUCGAGGAGAGGCUAGAGGAAGGGCGGUUGUCCGAAGAGUGUGACGACGGGUUCGGAUUGCCUGUGCAGAAGGCUUCAGGGGUGGCGCAGACGCCGGUGGCUGAGAAGAGGGUGUUCCCUGUGAGGCUUGGGAAGUUCAAGAAUGUCGGGACCCAGGGUGCCGUGGAAGGUGGCAAUGCCAAUGCUAGUGUGUUGAGUAGGGAUCAAGGGGAGAAUAGCAGCAGCAGCUUGGAUGGAAGGAGAUGCUUCUCCAUGGGUACCUAUCAGUAUGUUCUUGGCACUUCUGAGCUCCGGGUAGCUCUCCAGCCCGGCCGGAUUAGAAAUAGCACUGCUGGUGGUGGUGCAAUGAGAGGAAGGCCCACUGGGUUAAGUUCGAUCAAUGCCGACAUUAUGGAGGGAAAGAAGAUUUGCGCACGGAACAAAGGGGAGAGUUUCUCCAUGUCGAAGAUUUGGCAGUGGUCUAAUCUGAAGGGCAAGCUACCUGCUGGUUCGGAUGAUUGCUCGGAUGCAGGGAGCCUUACAUGGAUGAAGAGAGGAGGCGCCGGGGAUACAUCAAACAUUUGACUCUGUACUGGUGUAAUUUGAUAGUAGCUAAUGUUUUCUUUUAUUAAUGUUGCUCACUUAAUUUCUUACCUGUAGUCGUUUUUCUUGUCUAAUUUCAUGUGCUGAUUUUAAUUGGAAUGUGUUAAUCUCAUUGGGGGUAUAACGGUUGGUAGUCAUACCAGCUUCGUAUGUUGCACCAUGUA